GCAAACACAAGCAGCGCAGUAACAGACACAGACGCAGGUUGCUCCAUGGCGUUCAUAGAGAGAGCUCUGUGGAACCAGUACAUAGCUGCUUUUGCAGCGUGUCUGAGUGCGCUGACAUCAGCGUCCUGCUACAGUUGGUCCACUCCACUACUGUCCAGGCUCUUGUCCCCCACCAGCGAACUGCCUUUGACACCCCCGCAGUUAAUCUGGGUGAUCAGCGUGAUAGAACUGGGCUGUUUGCUGAGCCCGUUACCGACAGGACUUCUCAGCAACUAUGUUGGACGCAAAUUGCUGAUUCUGUCCUCAGCACCUUUCUACUUGCUCAGCUGGACCAUCGUACUCUACUGCCCAACUGCUUUUAGCCUUGGAGUCGCAAGGUUUAUACAAGGACUGGCAAUCGGUAUCGUGUGUACGGCAGUUCCUGUCUACAUCGGUGAGAUCGCCACCCCCCGGACCCGGGGAGCUAUUACGAGCAUGUUCACAUGCGUCUGGUGGUUCGGGUUCCUCCUGGAGUAUGCGGUCGGACCUCACAUGAGCUUUCUCAACUUCACCUACUUCACGAUGUUACUCAACGUUCCCUUCUGUCUCAUGUUUGUCUGGCAGCCCGAGUCCCCAGUUUUUUACCUCCUGGUUGACGACGAAGAGAGAGCCACACGUUCUCUGCUUCGGUUGAGAGACGGUUCGAUAGACGCUAUCAAGAGGGAAAUCGAUGAAAUGAAACUUAACUUGGACAUUAACAGAAAAUCUGUUUCUUUCCGAGAAUUGUUUGCUACGUCAGUUGACAGGAAAGGUCUUUCAAUCCUGAUCGCCAUUGUCACAGUUCGAAUUCUAAGCGGGAACUCUGUCAUAAUGGUGUACGCCACACACAUUUUCGAGCAAAUCCCCAACCUCUAUUUCGACCCGAACAAUAUCACAAUUUGCAUCGGAGUCAUCACUUUUGUCGGAAGUAUAAUCAGCACAUUUCUUCUGGACAGCGUAGGACGAAAACCGCUUCUAUUGGCGUCCAGUCUGGGAUCCCUCAUCUGUCACUUGGUCACUGGAACUUUCUUCCUCCUGCAGACUCACACCUCUGUGGAUGUCAGUGGUUUCAGCUGGCUCCCCCCUCUCUCCGUCAUGCUCUACUCUGGUCUUUACUGUGUGGGCAUGAAUCCCGUCAGUGUGGUGUACACCUCGGAACUGUUUCGUUCUACCACUCGAGGGGUCGCGUCCAGCCUCAGUAGCAUCAGCAUGACAAUCCUUACCUUCGUUUUAUUGUCAAUCUAUGAGCCUAUGUUACACGAUUUUGGGAUGUACUCUAAUUUUUACCUCUAUGCGUUGGCCUGCCUGGUAGGUUGCAUAUAUUUCUACGUGUAUGCCCCGGAGACAAAAGGCAAGUCAUUUUUUCAGAUCAGAAAAGAAUUGUGUGGUUCCUCUGUACCCAGCAGCUCACGAGAGACUGAACCACUGUUUAUGGAUGUGGAUGUCGAGCAGCUUUAGCUGUUCUGUAUAUUUCAUAAAUACUACUUUGUUAAAUUACAUUUAUAAUAGUUACAUGUUAAACUAAUAAAACUGUGAAG